AUGGCGACGACGAUAGAGGUUCAGUCGCAGGGACCCGUCGGGUCUGCCCCGGUCGCCCACGUCGUCCGUGUCGAGAGCGACACGGACCGCAUCAUCAUGGUCAUUCUACUAAUUUUCUUCCCAGUGAGUUUCGAAUCUUUUAUUGAAAUGUAGACCAGAGGACCCAGAUGGGAUUUUUUUUCAAUGAAGCAUUUUUCGAAUUUAGAAUCACAAGGGAAGACCAGGGAAGAAGAAAACAGUAAUCGCAGUAAAAAAACAAAAAGUUUUCCUAAGCAUCUUGAAAAUUUGGAAAAAAAGACAACUUUCUUAUUGACUUGUAAAGUUGGACUUGUAUUGAUAUUGACUUGCUUCGAAAUGAAGGAAACUGUACCUGGAAAAAAAAAGCCAGAAUAGUUGGGAGAAAAAAAAAUCUGCUGUGAAGAAAGAAAGCCUAAAUUAAAGAAAUUUUGUAAAAAGGGAAAAUUGCGAUCUUCGAUUUCAAUAAUUGAGAAAAAAUUCCUUGAACUUCAGUUCAAAAAAAUAGAUAAUUAUAGGAAAAAAACGACUUGUCAUAAAUAAUGGAAGGAGAAAAAAAGUUUCAAUAAAAUUGAAAAACCAAAAUAUUUAUGAACAAUUAUUCAAAGUUAAAAAGUUCCAAGUGCGUAUUAACGAUUAACGCGGUUAUUUCGGAAAGUAAUUAAAAUUUUUUGAUUAUAGUCUGUUCAGAUUUUUAAUGUCAAGUGCAAUGACGUCAUUCAAAAACACUCUGUGGAUGGCUCGCUCUCUGAUUGGUUUAUCGCACCAUUAUGGGCGGAGCUUGAGCAUCGACUUGACAUUCAAAAUCUGAACAGACUAUAUCCCGGGAGCAAAAAUUUUUUGGAGCAGUAUUCAUUUUUGCGGCUAUUUUCUCUCGAAACGUUUCUCAUCUCACCCCACCUGUGAAGAAACAACAUUUCACUUUUCACUGGGUAUUUCAUUAGCUUCACGUUUCAGCCCUUGGCGGUGAUGUUCAAAGACGGCGGCUGCUCGAAGGCGGCCUGUCUGAACAUAAUUCUGCUGUUUCUGCUGGUGUUUCCGGCUUACUGCCACGCCGUCUACCAUUGCUUCAUCCGCGACCGCAAAAACGAAGUUCGAACCCAAGUUCUUGGCUGA